AUGGAAGAGAUUGUCCUUUCGCCCCGGCUGGAGCUGCUCUCGCGGGGUACGUCGCACCCCGGGUGCGUGAUCUCAACGCGGUGGCGAGCGAGCGUGGCGUUGCCGAAGAACUUGGAGGCAGUAACUCUUCCCGACUCGCACUGCAUAUACAUCACCAAGGAUGGGACUCGGUUCGAGGUUGAAGGCAUGCGUGUUGCUGUCCGGCCCGACUCGCUGGUCAUGUCCAAGGGCUUCAUCGACGUCGUCGACAUCCGUCGCACCCUGCGCCUCUCUCGGGCUCCGCUUCAGGGCAUCAUCUUCCACUUUGACGCCCUCGUUGCCCCUGGCAUCCGCGUCGUCACCCAGUCAUCGCCGUACGCACUCUUUACCAACACUGCGUCGGCAAAUCGGUACAUCGCCUCGCUCACUCCCGAAGAGCUCGAGGUCCGCCGCGCCGCCGCUCAAUCCGAGGCUGCUGCUGAUGCUGCGCAGCGUAGCGCCGCGGGUACAGGCAAGGCGCGACUGACAACGUCGACGUCGAGCAGGGCUCUUCGUGGUGAGCCGUCCACUCCGUCCGGACACAAUGAUAGGCUGCCGCAAAUCGGGCUGGCUGUCGACGAUGGUCCCGAGCAGGUCACGCCGCCGCCGCACUCGCCUGGCACCUCGCCGCCGACGAGCAAGGAGAUGGGGGUGCGCCCCUCUGGUAACUUUGGUGCUGGGCCGUCGAUUGCAUCCGGUGACGAGAUGCUAGCAAGCAUGGCCGAGUCCAAGCUCUCGAUCGUUCCAACGUCGCUAAUCGACGAGGGACAGCACUCGCUGCUUGUUGUUCUUGACGCUGACCUGCGCAACUCCUCGUUUGAGACGGCCGACUGGCACAUGUGGCAGGGCAAUCUUGCAGCGUUUGCCAACGAGAACGCGCUCCUUGUGGCACUCUCGACCGCGCUCUGCACCAACACGCCGUUCGCGCCGAUUCGGCUCAAGGUCUUUUCGAAGGACUUUAACUCGUGGGUCUUGGUCUCGUCGAUGGCGGCGUCGUCAACAAGGCCCGGCAUGCCGCCGAACUUUGCCGUCCUCGACCGUGCGCGCAUUCUCAUUGUUACGGCGUAUGUUGGACCCGGCUUGAGUGGCGUGCAGUCGCCGUCACCGCCGGCACCGCCGUCGCCGGCGCCGCCACCGCCACCGCUCAACGCUCUCGCACUCCUCGAGGGCCUCGAGCUGUCGCAAGGCGACGCCAGCCAGCUCGAUGUCUCGCAGUGGGAGUCGAUGCCGCUCACUGUGGUUCCCAACUUUUCGCAGCACGAGUCCGGCCUCACCUCGGCGCUUCUCAACUCACUUGCCAGUGGACGGAUGCCGCGGGAAGCUCCCAACCAGGAUCCGGAUGCGCUCGAGCUUGCGGUUGUCGAAGUCCUGCCGACGCUCGCUACGCUUGACGCGUCGGGAAAGUCGCUCAUUGGCUGGUCGAUGAAGGUGAAGGCCAUGCGAAUCUCAGCUGCGCUCGUCGGUCCGCUCGCCAUCACCUCGGUCGUCGACUCGGUUACGCUUGUCUUUGGCAGCAGGCGUUUUGAUGUUUCGGCCGACUCCAACGCCGCGACCAUGGUCCGCGGCGGGCCGCUGAACAUUGCCCUUGUCCUUUCACAGGACGUGGUGCUCGAGCAAGCCGAACACUUUGCGGAGACGCUCACCCCAUCGCACGCGUCCAGCUCGGGCAAGCCAAUGCUCUUUCCGCCUCCUGUCGCCGCCUGCAUCCCGUUCUACGUCGAAGUCGCCGUUGUCGUCGCAAACCGCAGCUCGCUUGGCGAGCACUUUACCCAGCGUUGCGUCAGGUCCGAGCCGCGCAUCUUUACCUUGUACGGCAGACUCUGGGGCCAGCUGCACAUGCCCUCGCCAGGUGACAAGCGAUCGCGGUUUUCUGAUGACUCUGACGGGUCGGAUGGAUCGAACGACGGCUCGCGCCGCUCGCGCAAGUCGUCCAAGUCGUCCAAGUACUUUCGGGCACCUCUCCACAACACGUCGCACGACGACAGUGCCGCGGCGUCGUCGAUGGCCGGUGGCUCGUUCGGCGGCUCAAACUCGUCGCCGGGCUCAUCGUGGGCGUCGGGCACCGGUUACCGUUUCUCAUUUGACUAUGGCCUUGGCGGAGCGGCCACUGCCCUCCCGCUUCGCCACGUGCACCUCGGCCAGCUUGUCUGGCUGGCUACCGCCGCCACGCCUCCGAAUGUUGAAAGCCAGACUAUGCUCGACGCCCUUGCGCCGCAGCACUGGACUCUCCCGGCUCUGGUUGAUGCCGUCGUCACCCUCAUUCGCUCCGGCGGAGCACCCGCGGCGUAUGCUCUCCUUGCGCGCUCGGGCUCGGCAUCGGCUGCCAUAACAGCGCGGGGCCUGGUUACGGGCAAAACCUUGCUGGAGGCUGCCUGCAGCCGCGGCGUUGAGCCCAAGGUCCUCGCCGCGCUCAUCGCGUUGGCUUCGGCCGAGGCCCACACUGCUCUCGGCCCGCCGGUUGCCCGCUUCCUCGGCCUUGCGCUUGAGCUUUGCGCCCGCUCUGGCAACACCCCGUCUCUGCGGGUUGUGGUGAACACGGCGGUGAGUCUCGGGGUUGACAUGGUCGACGUUGAUCCCGAGGCUGCACUCGAUGCUGCGCACUCGACCUUUGUGUACUGCUAUCUCUGGCUUGCGGUCCAUGCACGCGACGGCAUAGGUGCCUCAGACUCGGCCACCCUGGAGUUUCUUGUCAAGUGGCGCAACGAGAGUGAGCUCGCUGCCUACGACCACCAGCCGAUCUGCAACACAUUGUCGUCGUACUCUUCGACCUGCUCCGACGGCAUUGAGCUCAUUGACCUUGGAGUCGACACGGUCGUGUGCGGCUCACUUGCGUCGCGCUCGACGCUCGCUCUGCCUGCACAAAGCUUGCCACAUUCGGGCGUGCUCCGGCUCGGCGUUCGCCAUCGCUCGCGGUCGCGAUCGGUGUCAACCUCGCGGUCGCGGUCGAACUCAUUCAUUCAACACCGACCGCGUCAGGCCUCGCAGUGCGAGCCGUGGAUUCCCGAGUCAACUCCCAUGGCACAUUUUGUCCAGGCCUCGUCCGAGGAUGACGGGGAAGAUGGUUUGUUCACGUGUAAGGAAGAGUCACUUGAGGAUGUGCGCGAGUGCUCUCGCCUCCCUCGUCGCAUGCUGAUUUUGCUUAUUCUUGGCGCUGUCCUUGCGCUUGGCCUUCUCACCGCCGCUGCCUUUAUUACCGGCAUUAUGGUUGGCGGCUCGCUGCAGCAAGCCGCCACUGCGCCGCUGCGUAGCUCACUCGCUGCCGCCAGCUUGGCAUCGAACAUCACGACUAGUCCGCACCCGAAUGGGACCCAUGCGACUGUCGCGACACGAAGCCAUGGCGACAGUGGGUUUGACCCGUUUGCAGCGAGUGACCAUGUACCGGUCAACGCAGCGCGCAAAGCGUACGCCAUCGACCGGAUUCGGGCACGUGGACGGAUUGUGUGCGGAUUUACGUUUGACCCGACGCAAUCGGUGGCCAACGGGACGAUGUACGACCAUCCUUACGCCGCUUCACCAGGCCCGCUCAUGGUGAGCAACCCAGCCGAGCUGCUUGCGGCCGAGGUUCCUUUCUCAGGUGUCACCCACGUGGGCGGUCUCCGGGUCUGCCGCGGCCUCGCUGCGCUGAUUCUUGGUGACGCCAAGGCCAUCGAAGUGGUCGACGCAGCCCACCCCGAGCCUGAUGUAGUGUUUGGCUCGCUUGACCUGCUUCCGUACGCGCCAUCGAUGGUCCACGCCUCACCGCCAAUGUUCCUCGAUGCCAUCGGCCUGCUCAUCCGGUGUACGAACGCAGGCACUUGCCGCGAAUCGGUGCUGAAGUCGGUGUCGCAUUGGGAUGACCGUGUGUGUGUGACGGCAGAACACGAGCAUCUCGUCGAGACGUAUCUCCCCUUUGUGAAGACCAAUGACGUUGUUGUUGUCGACAGCGUGGUUGCCGGCGUUCUUCUUCUCGAGGACAAGUCUGAAGUGUGCCGAUCCAUCAUCGGUCCAGUCUCAACCAUGACUGGCACGCUCUCGGCGGCGGUAGAAGGCAGCUUGUACCGGUUUGGCCACUCUGCUCUCUUUCCCGAUGACUCGACGCCAGUUGUCAUGUCGGAGCACUUCAAGUUUGGCUGGCCGCUUUUAUCAUUGCAGGUUGUUCCGUAUGCAGCGUACUCGGUGUUCCCGGCCGACACGCGGUGGUCACAGCUCCUCGAUAGUGUCGUCUCGGUCUUGCACCGCGCCGGAGCUCGCGGCAUCGAGCUGAGCUCGUCGACGUGCAACCUGUGUGGGUCCGGAGUCUGCGUCUGCGAUCCGUCAUCCCCGGCCGAGAACGCGGUGCCAAUGUGGGAAGAGAUCUCCAACACGCAAGGGCUCGACCUCUAUACCGACUACGGGUUCUCGGAGCUGGACACGAGAGCGACCGCGAUCCUAGUCGAGGCAAUUGGCACGCGCGUCGGGGUGUGGACUGCCGUGUUUGGAAACUCGACGUGGGAUAUGCUGGCCAAUCAGACCAACUCGCUCAACAACGACUGGUCUGCCGGAGGUGGCAUUGGGGUGCCAUCGUCGCAUGCACGCCCGCCUUCGGCAGCGGUGGUUGCCGAUCCGCGGUACCUGCUGGGUCCAGCUGUCGGCAAGCCGCUGAUCGACACGGUACCUCCCCCGCCGCCGCCCCCGGCCCCGGUCGAGGCCGAGGUUGAAGUUACACAGGUCAUCGCUGCGUUCCGAACCGAGGUAGCGACCGUAGCUGAGCGCGUUGAUCGUGAGGCGGAGACCCGUCUCGAGACGCGCAACACCUCUGCAGGAAUCUCGCUUGCAGUCGUGCUCACGGUCCUGGUGGCUGUCGUGGGGCUUGGCGCCGCUGCGGGCUACUCGGCGAUGUGGCAGCCGCACCGUGCAUCUCGCGGUGACGACGCGUUGCAACCUGCGCCGUUGGCGGAGUGGACAACGACUGUGAUCAACCUUGGCCACAGCCCGAGUGAGGCCGUAUCUGCCAGCUCCACUCACUCUUGA